UAAAACACUGAAAUCGCAUUCAAAUCUGGUUCAACACGUGUAUAUUUACUGCAACAUUUGUAGCUCUAUCGUCGCGACAUAUACAUACAUAUAUAUAUAUAUAUAUAUAUAUAUUCUACUUAUAUUUGUCUUUUAAUAAACAAUUAUGCGUUCUUCCUGUAUACAUUUACUGCGUAUUACUUGUUAAUUAUAUCAUUUCCUUUCGAGUUGAGAAAAGACUGUCUUAAUAAAUAUAUGUCUUGCAUCGUCACGAUUUCCUAAACUGUUCGGUUUACAAUGUAGAGUAACACUAGUAGAAAAACGUAAAUAUAACGUGAACGAUAGCAGAUCGUAACCGAAUAUUGGCAGCUGUUCAAUGCAUUUAUAUAUCAAUAUCAGUAAAGAGUUAAUCAUAUGAGAUAAGAUUGCAUGGCUUUCAGUACUGCACAAGUGUAUAAAGUUCUUGGAAAAUGUCACGUUUGUGUAACUCGAGAUUUUAUUCGAUGGUGAAAGGAACUAAACGAUCAACAAUUUUGAUAAGCAAUUCGAAUCUAAGGAUAGCAGAACGAAUACGAAAUAUCUUACAACAUGAUGAAAGAGGUUACUCACAGCUUCAUUUCAAGCUUGAGAAACAUAUUUAUCCAGUGUAUAAGUUUCUCGAAAUGCUCCAAGUAUUAGAAAUUCGUCCUUUGUCAACAAGAAUUAAGGUUCUGCCUUGGAAACAUGACAACAGCAACAACCAUGGGAAAAAACAUUUCAAAAAUCUGAGUUUUAUAUUAAGCAGUUUUGGUAUAACCAUAGCUCUUUGCGAAGCUAAAAAUAUGCACAAACAGAAACAAUUUUUCUAUGCCGCCAAGUAUGGCAAUGUCGCAGAAUUAACGAAACUUAUAAAAGAUGGUAUAGACGUUAAUAUGCGGCAUCCGCUGGGUUGGACUGCGUUGCACGUUGCUGCUAUGAACGGGAGACCAGAAGUUAUAAAACUUUUGUUAAAACAUGGUGCCGAUGUUAAUGCUCAGGACGAGUUUAUCAACGUUUAUGGGAGUGCGAUAGAAAAGAGGAUAGACACAUUAGAUGUACUUUUGACGAGAGAAGAAGAAUUUUCUGAUCAUUUGAAUACUAAAGCCAUCUUCAAAGGUUUUACUCCGUUACAUUAUGCUGUAUUAUCAGACUCGAAGGCGUGUGUACAAGCAUUAUUAGAGGCAGGAGCUAAUCCAACUACAAAAAACGAAGCUGGAUAUCAAGCUGUAGAUUAUACUAAAGACAGAGAAAUUAAAGAUAUGCUGUUAAAACAUGCUGUAAAGUACGAUGAGAUAAUGAGGGAGAAGGAAGUAGAAGAACGACGUAGAUUUCCAUUAGAGCAACGUUUGAAACAACAUAUUGUAGGUCAAGACGGAGCGAUAUCCAUUGUCGCAUCUACCAUCCGAAGGAAAGAGAAUGGAUGGAUAGAUGAGAAACAUCCGUUAGUAUUCCUAUUCUUAGGUUCAUCAGGAAUAGGUAAAACUGAAUUGGCUAAGCAGUUAGCUGCAUAUAUCCACAAAAAUAGGGCAGAAGGGUUUAUUCGGCUGGAUAUGUCCGAGUAUCAAGAGAAGCACGAAGUUGCUAAAUUAAUUGGAGCACCACCAGGGUACGUGGGUCACGAUGAUGGUGGACAAUUAACAAAACUUUUGAGAAAGUGUCCAAAUGCAGUAGUAUUGUUCGAUGAGGUCGACAAAGCUCAUCCGGAUGUACUGACCGUUUUAUUACAGCUUUUCGAUGAGGGAAGACUUACCGAUGGGAAAGGAAAAACGAUCGAGUGCAAAAAUGCAAUUUUCGUAAUGACGUCGAAUUUAGCGAGCGAAGUAAUCGCUGAUCAUGCGGUACAACUCCGCGAAGAAGCUCAACGUGUUCUCGAUCAGAAACAUGAUAAAAAUUUUACUGCGGAGGAUGACCCAGAACACAUCGAGAUAUCUCGAAAAUUUAAAGAUAACGUGGUGAGGCCGAUAUUAAAAGCACAUUUUCGUAGAGACGAAUUUUUGGGCAGGAUAAACGAAAUUGUGUACUUUUUGCCGUUCUCGCAAUCAGAACUUGUAAGAUUGGUAGCCAAAGAAUUAGAGGCUUGGGCAGAACGUGCGAGGGAGAAGCAUAAAAUAGAAUUGAAGUGGAACAGGGAAGUUUUGUCACUUCUGGCCGAGGGAUACGACACCCAUUAUGGAGCACGUUCCAUUAAAUACGAGGUGGAAAGACGCGUUGUUAAUCAAUUAGCUGCUGCUCACGAACGAGGCCAACUAGAAAAGGGUUGUUGCGUACUGCUAAAAGUCAAAUGGCAUAAUAAUGGUGCGAACAUAGCAUUGUCGAUACGACGUAAAGGUGCAAAAGAUUUUGUUGACAUUUCCAGCACAGAUAACAUGAUAAAAAAUGUGAAUAAUAUGUUUUAAUUAUUGAAUGUACAAUAUCUAAAUACAUGCGUAUAAUUUUCGAAUGUGUAGAGCAGCUGCUUUAUAGCUUGAUCUCAGUCGAAAUAUAAAUAAAAAUUUCGAGAUUGUUUUGUA